CGCUUCCUUCCCCUUCAUCCGAAGAGCCUCCAGCCAGGGGAGCGGUGGCCACAGCAGCGAGUGACAGCCAGUCCACAUGGCUGGGGACACCGGGAUGGCCGGGAAGGUGGCGCUGCUCCUGUGGGACUGGCUGGUGCUGCAGGUGCCAGCACGGGCGCUGCUGGAGGGGGACACAGUGACAUUAUACUGACGGAACUGGUUGAACAAACAGCUCAGAGACGUGUACAUCUACCAUGAAGAGAAGCCUCUGAAGGGGCCCCAGGAUGGGACCAAGCUGUCCCUGUCUCCCCUGCAGCUGCACCACAAUGGGCGCUACAGCUGCCAAGGCUGGGUGAGCAAUGUGGUGUCACUGUGGAAAUAGUCGGAGCUGGUGCCAGUGACAGUGCGCAGUGAGUGCAGGGAUAGAGACAGGGAAGCCCAACAUCCUCCAAGGGUUUUCCCACCACUGCCUGAAUCCUUCGUCCCUCCCUUUACUUCCCCCUGGGUCACCCAAAAUUUCCCAAGCCCCUCUUUGUUUCUCCCAUGACUGCCCAGCUCUCCCUGCAGAUCCCUCAUCCCUCUCCUUGUCCUCCCCAGCCCUCCCUGGCAUCCCACAGCCCUUCCAAGGUCCCUGCUCCACCCGCUGGUCUCCCUUCCUUCCCUGGGUCCACUCGCCCAUCUCUAAACCCCAAAUCAUUCCCUGAGUCUCCUCAGUCUUUUGUGUGAUUCCUCAUCUCUGCCUGGGUCUCUCCCCCUUUCCAUGGGGUCUCGCCAUUGUCCCCAGGUCCCAACAUGCCUCCCAGGAUCCAUUCAGCUCAUUGGGAUCCUCUCCACUCCGCUUCAAUCCCCCUCUUUCCAUUCCUGUGUCAGCCAUCCCUCCUGGGUCCCCAAUCCCUCCUGUGUCCCCCUGCAGGGGUUCCACCCUCGGCGGUGUCCCUGUGGGCGCAGCCCCCUGGGGGACAGGUGGCACUUGGGGAUCGCCUGGUGCUGAGCUGCACAGUGGCUGCGGGGACAGGUCCUCUGUCCUUCUUCUGGCACCAGGAUGGCUCGAUGGCACAGCUGAGCACUGGCCCCCACCUGGAGCUGAGCCACGUUGGGAACAAUGACAGCGGCCAGUACCGGUGCCGGGUCAGUGAAGGGGACAGCGUGGCCGAGAGUGACCCCCUGAAUGUCACCGUCCUGGAUUCCAGGAAGCAUCAGGAAAGGCCCCCCCCCCAGAUUCCCUGGCCCCCCAAGAGGAGGGACAGGUGCUGUACACCCACGUCGUGGUCACCAAGAGGGCAGGGGCGUCCCCCCGUGCCACCACCCUCCAGGAUCCCCAGGUGACCUACGCGGAGCUGCAGGGACCCCAGGGGUGACCACGGGAACCCGGUGACAUCUACGGGAAUGUGCUGUGACACUGGGGGGAACUGGGGGGCACUGCGGGUCUCCACCCAUGGGUACCCACUCCUGUGUGUGCUGCCACUAAAAAGUGCCCCUCUCCCUCCCCGUGGAGGCACAAAGAUCCCAAAGGGCUGAGAGAAGAACAAUUUCCUGAAACAGCAACCAGAGACAAUAAAACCAACAGCAACAGGAACAAGGUUCAGAGUCACAAGGGUCCCAAAAGGAACGAUUUCUAGGGAAUGCUCCCAAUAAGGAACAAACCCGACACACUCCUCCAGCACAUUUCUCUACCAGAGGAACCUUGCAGGGCCCUGGACCUUCAUUGCUGUGAUGGCCAAAGCGGCCUUCAGAAGGCUCUGGAUUUUCUUCUCCCCUGUCCCAAAUCCCUUCUGUGCCUUGUUCCCCACACGAGGAUGUCACAAAGACCCUGUGGGGGUUCCAGAGCCUCCCCAUUUUCCAGGGCAGUUGGGAUCAGGCCAUGGCAGUUGAAUUCCCUCUGUCCCCACAGAUCUGCCCAAGCCCCACGAUGCCCUCUGGGUUCCCUGAAAUCCCCUCUCCUGAGACAAUCUGUGCCAAGGAUUCGCGGGGCCUCAGGGCCAGUCCCAAGGGCCUGUUUUGGCCAUUCCCAGUUGGGGUCACUUCAUCUCCCAGCUCAGUCCCUGUUGGGAUCGCCCUACCACCCCAGGAAUAGAGGUGGAUUCUGCCCCUAGGGAUCUCGAUGGCAUCAGGGACAUUGUGCCCUGGGGCCACCUAAAGCCGUGAGCUCCUGUGGCUCUGCUGUGCCAGGCCGUGGAUCCACACAGUCCAAGGGAUCCCAGUGUCCCUUUGGCCCACUUGGCAGGAGCCAGGGCCCCUCUGAAGGAACCCAUGGGUUUCAGGCUGUAAAUCCCCCCGGCUAGUUUGGUAUUUAAGCCAGCACGGAUCCUAGACAAAGCAAAGGACGAGAAGCGCUCUUUCUCCACGUGGUUCUGAUGUCCUGUUUUAUUAGCUGGAAAGGGACAUCUGCAUCGUAGACCAUUCAGGUGAAAAAAGAGACUGAAUUCCAAUUCCAAGGGACAUUUAUACCCGCGGAAUGGGAGGCGGGGGCGGGAGGCCGCAGCCAAUGGGACACCAGUGAGGAGGGGCGAAGGGAGAGGCUACAAGGGACAGAUCACCUUAGGGAAAGGGGAAACAUUCAUGUAACAUAACACCCAGUGCAGCAUCUAAGUAACUAUUCAGUGCAUCACAACACCCCUCUAGUCCUGGUCUUGGCACUCACUCUUUGUAAAUAUGACCUGGAGGUCCCUUCCAGAGGAUGGGAAGUAACAUCAUCCCUCCAGUUCUGACUGAGGACUUGCCCACGGGAGACUGGAGCAGAUUUAUCCUUGUAGAAUUUCCUGUGGUGGUUGUUGUUCCUCUCAACU